AUGAGUGCAGGCAGCAGCGGCAGCGCUGGCGAUGCGGAGAUGUGGCAGGAGUCGCUUGCGCGCGUCGUCCCUGCAAUCGUGGUGGUUCGAGUGUUGUCCGUGGGGCCGUUUGACUCGGAGUCCGCGGGGUAUGGCAAGGCCACCGGGUUCGUCGUUGACAAGGCUCGAGGCAUCAUCCUCACCAACCGGCACGUGGUCACGCCAGAGGGACGGGGGCGAGAACAAGAUGGUUUCUGUUGA